AUGCCGUCCAUUAUUGAGGAGCGGGCUUCAGCCCUUAUCAAGUCAUACAACUCUGGCAAUAUCGAAGUAAUAAUGGAUCUGUUUGCCGAGGAUGUUAAAGUCAGCGACUUUUUGAUGCGUGCGAUCGAUCUCGACAAGGCUGGUACACGGCCGUUCUUCGGCGGGUUCGUCACAGAUAACGAGAAUGUCACUUUCUACACACGGGGUGUAACCGGAUCACGCGAGUUCGUUGCCCAUGAGAUGACUAUCGAGUUCCGGUCUGGUGGGGAUAUUGAAUCGAUCGGAAUCGUCAAGGGUCAGUCAGUCCGGCUCGUGGGUGUGUCCGUGCAGUCGUGGAGAAAGGAGAGGAGAAGCGAGGAUGAUGACGUUGCUGGUGCCUGGAAGAUAUUCGACAUGAAGGACUACUUUUUCAUCGACCGUGGUAGCACCUGA